AUGAAAUUGUUGUCAGGCUUGUCACUGCUUCUGGCCAGCAGCUCAGCACAAUGCUUUGAUCCCUCCCCAGCCUUCCCAGUCCCGAGUUGGGGACAAAAUGGCCAAAGUCUGGCCUCAGUCUUGGAAUCAAUCGAAAGCAAAAUCUCGACCAUCGUCUCUAAGCAAGCCUUCAAUGCCUCUUCCUUCUCCAUUGAGUUGACGUCUGCGUCGAAUACUAUCUGGUCCAUGCACCACACAGCUGCCCACCGCAAUGAGAACCGGCCUGGCACAGAGACCGUCGACGAAAACAGCGUUUUCCGCAUCUCUGCAGUCACAAAAGUCUUCACCGUUCUGGCUCUGCUUCAAGAACACCAGGCGGGCAGCUUGAAUCUGGAGGACCCGAUCAGCAAGCAUUUACCAGAGCUCACCGGAGAGAUUGCAUGGGCAAACAUCACCUUGCGGGCCCUUGCCAGUCAUUUGUCCGGUAUCCCGCGAGAGUUUGCUCACAGCGAUCUCAUCAAUUCGCUCGAGGAUCCCACUUCUGUUGGUCUGCCUCCGGCUACAAAGGACGGCUGUCCGACGUGCGACGAGUACAACCACUACUUGCCAUGUACCGCUGAGGACUUGCUGGAAGCCGUCCGGAAGCUCGACCCAGUUUUCAGGCCGAAUGACAAGUCGACGUACAGCAAUGUCGCAUUCGAGCUCAUUGGCAUGGCCGUGGAGAAGUCGACCGGCAAAGACUUCGGAACGUAUCUUCAAAAGGAAGUGAUUGAUCGGCUGGGCAUGAAGUCGACAUCGAUGAACCCACCAUCUACCGACAAACGUGCCGUACUUCCAAUCUGGUCCAAGGGCGACAAUUACUGGGGCAUCGACGCGGGCGUGCAGAAUGCGACUGCUGGAAUGUAUGCCACCUCUUCCGACAUGAGCAAGCUGCUACAAUAUAUACUGUCCAACGCCAAUCAAAUCGUGCCCGGCGUGAACUGGCUGCUGCCUGUCAGCUGGGCUACCGGCUUUAGAACUUUCUACGGUAUGCCAUGGGAGAUCUUGCGGACGGAGAAAGUGCUGGAAGCAAGGCAGCGACCCGUGACUUUCGUCACCAAGUCUGGUGGCAUGCCCGGCUACUAUUCCAGGAUCACUCUGAUGCCGGAGUAUGGCCUUGGCCUGACGAUCCUCGUCGGCGGAGAGACGGAGUUGUUGAGUGAGCUCCAAGAGCUGAUCACGACACGUUUGAUCCGGGAGGGUGAUCCGAUCCUGUGGUCGGAGCUGGCUGACGCUUACGAUGGUCGAUAUCUGGCCAAGGACAGCUCUCUGAAUUCUUCUCUCACGAUAUCGACGACACCCACUGGAGGCAUGAGGGUCACCUCAUUCAUUAGCAACGGCACCGAUGCGUUGCAGAAAGUGUUCGGGAGAGAAGCGCACUCGGAACGAUGGCAUGCGCAAUUGAUUCCAACAAUGCGGUACAAGGACGAGUCCCGGCGACGAGGGAACAUCUGGCGGCUCAUCAUCGUGCCAGAGCGACUGGACCAGUCCGAUCUCGUGUGGGACGAUCUUUGUGGUACCGAUGUGGACACGUCGAGAUACGCGGGCAUUCCGGCAAACGAAUUCGUCUUCUGGCACGACGAGCAGGCGGUCGAGCUGCCGGCUUGGAAAGUGAAGUUGGAGAGGUCCAGGAAUGAUAGCAACGUGGACGCAGAUGCUCUGGUUGUCCAGGGUGCGACGAGAGCUCAUCCGGAUAUGUAA